AUGAACCAAAAGAAAAAAAAGAAAACGAAGCCCCCCAUAAACCUAGCCACACUGGAAGAUAAAAUAAAUAUCCUCAAUUUUAUGAAGGAUGACUUUGAGAAAAUUCUCGACAAAGAAAAUGAAAUUCAUGGUCUAGUCACUAAGCACCACAAGAACAAAGAGGAAAAAGCCUUAAAUGAAAAAGAAAAAAUUGACAUCAUUUUAAGCGAACUUGUGCUUUCUUGUGAAGAAAAAAAAAAUCAGUUAAAUAAAUAUAUAAAAACUGCCAGCGAAAUGAUCAGCCAAAACAAAGAAAUAAUUGAGAAGGAAAAGGAAGAAACUGAAAAUUUAAUUUUGGAAAAAAAUCAAGAAAUAAAUUCUAUGCAAGAAAAAAUUGACUUGGCAAAAUGCUUCUACAAUGAUGUAAAUAAUACAGUGGUGCAACUUUUUAAUAACCUGGAUUUAUUUUUAAAAAAUAAAAUAGACGUAGAUUUAAAUAUAAACUAUCUGCAGAAAAUGUCAAAGGCAGAAAAAAAAAUGGAUAGUAAACCCAGGGGGCAGGAUACACAAGACCCUGAAGAACAAAUAGGAGGGCAUAAAAGACAGAACGAAGGGGAGGACAAAUUUUUACAACAAUUAUGCCACUCCAUGGAUGAAUAUGAAAAAAAAAUGUGGAGAAUUAAAUCCUUUAUGCAGGAAAAUGAAUUAAAUCACCUCACAAAUUUGUUACUAAAUCAAAAGGGAAGCGAUGAUGGGUUACCUGCCAAACUUCCGGGUAUCCCUCAAAUUGAAGAGAAGAAUAUGAAUAGGCAAGAAAGGAGUGGGAGCGGAUAUGCCCACUCCACAGAGAGCAAACGAGUGGUGUACGAAGAUGGAUGCAUGGGUAAGACGGGACAGAGUGAAUUGGCAAACGAUGCGAGUGGAGAGGUUGUCAGCUCGGAAGGGCAGAUGGAGGAGGAAGACGAAUUUAAUGAUGAUGAAGAAACAGACGAAGAAGAAGACGAGGACGACGUUGUCGAAGACGAGGAGGAUGAGGAGGAUGACAUGGACGAUGAAAACGAUGAUAGUGACGAUGAGGAGGAAAGCUUGGAUGAUCAUACCGAUGAUGAUGAUGAAGAGCACGUGGAGGAGGAAGAAGGUGGAGUGGACCAUGACACAAGCACCGAAAACGCGCAGAGAAAAGAAUUCAACACACCUGCGGAAAGUGAAGACAACUUCAACGACUCACAACAGAGCAAACGUGAGGUGUUGGAAGAAAAAACAUAUGAUCAUAUAGAGAAAAAGUGCAGUGGAAUAAAAAUACUGAACGAUGCAGAAACGGCCAUAAAAAGUUUCUCUUCAGAUGUGUAUAAAAAAAUAUUAAGCGACAAUAUGAGCACCCUCAUGGAGAAAAUAAAAAAAAUCGAUUACGACUAUGUGUCUUACUUUGAAAAGAAAUUAAAAAGUUAA